UUUAUACAGAGCAUGAACGUUUCCAUAUCGGUUCAAUAAAAACCCUACUAAAACCCUCUCGGCUUUUCGCCUUUACAUUCAUACCUCACCGUUCCCCUAGGAACACAAAGAAACUUCUCUCUGUCUGUGUGUGAUUGAAGGUGAAGAAAAUGCCGCUAGGGGAAAGGAAUUGGGAUAAGAGCGACUCUCGGUACUGCGGGGUGGAGACGGAGUUCCAUGAUGACAUGCCUCAGCUUUUGGCUUACAACAUUUCUUCUGGUGGCUUCGAUUUCGUCGUGGCUCCUCUGAUGGAUCCUUCUUAUCGGCCAAGCUUAAUGGGAAAAGACUGUGGUGGACCUGGUGUUCUGCCAUUUGCUGGGUCAGACUUGGUUUUGAGCCCUUCCCAAUGGAGUAGCCAUGUUGUUGGAAAAGUUAGCCCAUGGAUUGAUUUGGACUCGGAGGACGAGAUUCUCCGAAUCGAUUCUGAAACCACUCUGAAGCAAGAAAUAGCUUGGGCUUCUCAUCUCUCCCUUCAGGCAUGCCUUCUUCCUGCUCCCAAGGGGACAUCCUGUGCUAAUUAUGCUAGGUGUGUAAAUCAAAUAUUACUUGGCCUGAACAAUAUGAAGUUGUGGCUAAGGAUUCCUUUGUUGAAGACUGAUGAUGACUCAACGGAUGUCAACUCAAUUCAUCCGGUUGAUUCGUGGGAGUUGUGGAAUUCAUUUCGUAUGCUUUGUGAACAUCACAGUCAGUUAUCAAUUGCCCUUGACAUCUUGAGUUCAAUACCUUCGGCAAACUCACUUGGACGCUGGUUUGGAGAGUCUGUUAGAGCAGCGAUUAUGGAUACUGAUUCUUUUCUAACGAAUGCACGUGGCUAUCCUUGUUUAUCAAAGCGCCAUCAGAAGCUAGUUGCAGGGUUUUUCAACCAUUCUGUACAGAUAGUUGUUUCAGGAAAACCCAUACACGGUCUUCCAAGUGGUGGUACAGAUUUAGCUGCUGAUCAUAAUGAUAGAAAUUUUGAUGCUGUACAGAGACAUCCACUGAGGCCAUACUUGGACUACAUUGGUUAUCUUUAUCAAAAAAUGGAUCCACUUCCUGAGCAAGAAAGAUUUGAGCUUGGUUACAGGGACUUUUUACAGUCACCCUUGCAACCUCUCAUGGAUAACCUUGAGGCUCAAACCUACGAGACAUUUGAGAAAGAUGCAGUGAAAUACAUUCAGUACCAAAGGGCAAUUUGCAAAGCUUUGCAAGAUAGAGUUCCUGAAGAAAAAGCAUCAACGUUAACCAUCGUAUUGAUGGUUGUAGGAGCAGGGCGAGGACCUCUUGUCAGGGCAUCAUUGCAGGCUGCUGAAGAAACUGGCCGCAAGCUUAAAAUUUACGCUGUGGAGAAAAAUCCAAAUGCAAUUGUUACACUACAUAGCUUAGUCAAACUAGAGGGCUGGGAAGACACUGUUACCAUAAUUUCUAGCGAUAUGCGUCACUGGGAUGCCUCCGAGAAAGCUGACAUUUUGGUUAGUGAACUCCUAGGUUCUUUUGGAGACAAUGAGCUUUCUCCUGAGUGCCUUGAUGGAGCCCAGAGGUUUUUAAAGGACGAUGGGAUUUCAAUACCAUCUUCGUACACAAGUUUCAUUCAACCAGUGACAGCUUCAAAGCUGUACAAUGAUGUUAAGUCACAUAAAGAUCUUGUGCACUUUGAAACUGCUUAUGUUGUCAAACUGCACAAUGUAGCUAGGCUUGCGGCUUCUCAACCUGUCUUUACAUUUACUCAUCCAAACAAAUCAUCUAAGGGGAGCAAUCAGCGUCACAAGAAGCUUCGCUUUGAGAUACCCAGUGAUACUGGAUCUGUCAUGGUGCAUGGAUUUGCUGGCUAUUUUGAUGCAACAUUAUAUAAAGAUGUACAUCUCGGCAUUGAACCAUCAACAGCAACACCAAACAUGUUUAGCUGGUUUGCUAUAUUUUUCCCGCUGAGGACACCGGUAAUUGUGCAUUCUGGUUCAGCUCUAGAAGUACAUUUUUGGCGUUGUUGCGGUCCUACCAAGGUUUGGUAUGAAUGGUGUGUUACAUCUCCCUGCCCCUCGCCUAUUCACAACAGCAAUGGACGUUCAUACUGGGUCGGCCUAUAAAGAUUUAUAUGUUGAUAUUUGAACCAUGGCAUGUUCGAGAAGACGCCGUUCCGAGGUUCGCUAUAGGGAGGAGAUCAUAUUGUCAUAUGUGAAAGAUAUAUGCAUUGUCGUGUGGUUACUGUGCCUCGGACCUUGUUGAUGUAACAAUUCUCUGGAGGUCGCCCCAUUUAGGGGUGCUUUUGAUUUUGUAUCCAUAAUCUCAAUCAUUGGUAACGUAAAAUACGUAAGCCACCAUGUUGUACUA